AUGCUCCUCUCGAUCAACACAACGCGCAUUCCUCUGUGCGUUGACUUUGAUGGUCCAGGGGACUAUUUCCUCUUUAUUUUUCAUGUCUUGGCCGGGGUUAGCACCGUGCUGGUGGCCGGCUCCGUGGCUUUAGGUAUCAGUAAUACCCAUGCACUUUUAAGACAAAAUCGAUUCAUAUUUAUGCUUAACACAAGUAUCUGUGACACAAUGACCGGCGGUGGCAUUUUCUAUCAAUUUCUCUUUGAUGUGCGAGUGGGGUUCCCUUCUAAAAACGGGACUUAUUACAUUUUACCGUCUCUCCUCGGAGUUAAUAUCAUGACCUUUCUAUUCGCUCAGUUUGAUCGAUAUUUUGCGGUGUGCCAUCCAUUCUUUUAUGAUCGUUUUAUCGGCACAAGAGUGAUUGUUUGUGUCAACGUGUAUUGCUGGGUGCAUGUUUAUGGUAUGCUGAUCGUACAACAUCUGGUGCCACUUUCAAAAGCCAUAGAGAUCGGAAUAUACAGCAGAAUCAGUCUGAUGCUGAUUAUUUUCACAAAAAUAACCAUGACGAUCAAGUUGUUCACAGUUGCGAGGUAUCAGCUCCGGCGAGAGCCGCCGGGCCCGGAGAGAGACAGCAAGAAGGAGUCACUGUUGAUCAUAGUGGUGGUGGUGGUGUUUUUUCAGCUGCUGUGGGGCCCAUCCAUGCUCUAUACGAUCCUGUCUUCUCUGACGGGAAAAUAUUAUGUCAUGAAAAAUGACGCCGUUAACCCAAUGAAAAUUUUAUCCAGGAGCAACGCUCUGUUUACCCCCUCCCUCUACCUGUGCGCCAGCCCCUCACUCAGGACGGCCGUGUGGAAAACUGUGUGGAGCAAAAUCUUCUGCUGCAAACGACCCAGAAGGUGGGUUUGCACCAAUAAGCAGUUAGUGCAAUAA